AUGGUAAUCAGGAUACUUCACAUUACUGAUGAGAUGCCUAGAAGAAAGUAUUGGAGGAUGAGUGGUGCCAGGAGAGAGUUACGGACUGACAAGACUGAGGAGACUGGCCUCAUGAAAAACAGUAAAACAAUGUCUGACCUUGACUUGACUGAGGAGACUGGCCUCUUUAAAAACAGUAAAACAAUGUAUGACAUUAGAAUGACUGAGGAGACUGGCCUCGUGAAAAACAGUAAAAGCAAUGUUGACACUGAGGAUCCUGCCCUCAGCUUACAAAAAAACAGGUCAAACAAAGAAACUUGUGCAACAAAUCUGCUGAAUGAUUUUUGUGAGACAAAUUUGCUGAAUGAACUAUGUGAAACAAAUCUGCUCAAUGAAUCUCAUGAAAAGAAUUUGCAAAACAUUACUGAACAAAAAUUGACAAACAAUGCCUCAAUCACUAAAACUGUACAACAUAAUCAUGGUGUAACGGCUGAAGAAGGCAAAGCAUUUAGUCAUGCAAUCAACCAGCAAUUAGAAAAAAACAAAGAAACACAUGCAAAAAAGUUACGAAGACAAAAUGAUGAUAUAAAAAGCAGAGAAACUGAAAUUGCAACAUUUGCAAGGAAAUUGAAAAGGCAGAAUGCUGAAAUAAGACAGAAAGAAAAUGAAAGAGAAGCAGCUGCUAGAAAGUUAAAGCGACAAGAUACUGAAAUUAAAAAGAAAGAAAGGGAAAUGGAUAAGCUUGCAAGAAAGUCAAAGCGACAAGAUGCUGUAAUUAAAGAGAAAGAAAGGGAAAUGGAUAAGCUUGCAAGAAAGUCAAAGCGACAAGAUGCUGUAAUUAAAGAGAAAGAAAGGGAAAUGGAUAAGCUUGCAAGAAAGUCAAAGCGACAAGAUGCUGUAAUUAAAGAGAAAGAAAGGGAAAUGGACAAGCUUGCAAGAAACUCAAAGCGACAAGAUGCUGUAAUUAAAGAGAAAGAAAGGGAAAUGAAUACUGCAGGUAGAAAGUUAAGGCGACAAGAUGCUGAAAUUAAAGAGAAAGAAAGGAAAAUGGAUAAGUUUGCAAGAAAAGUAAAGCGACAAGAUGCUGAAAUUAAAGAGAAAGAAAGGGAAAUGAAUACAGCUGGUAGAAAGUUAAAGCGACAAGAUUCUAAAGUUAAAGAGAAAGAAAGGAAAAUGGAUAAGUUUGCAAGAAAGUUAAAGCGACAAGAUGCUGAAAUUAAAGAGAAAGAAAGGGAAAUAAAUACGGCUGGUAGAAAGUUAAAGCGACAAGAUACGAAAGUUAAAGAGAAAGAAAGGGAAAUGAAUACUAAAGGUAGAAAGUUAAAACGUCAGAAUGUUGAGGUGCAAGAGAAAGAGAAAGAGGGCAGUAGAGUUUCUAAAAGAAAAUGCCGAGAAAAUCCAGCUGUUCUUGAAAAGGAAAGGUUAAGAAAGCAAGCUAAACGAAGUAACAUUUCAUUCAGAGAAAAUGAGAGAUUCCUAAAUAGGGAACAGAAACAGAAGCAAAGAGCAGAUAAAGAAUAUUGUGAAAAAGUAAAUGAACGACAGAGACAGAAAAGAUUUGGAGCAGAUAUAGGAGAUUGCAUUCAAAAUUUUCAUGAGCAGAUUAGACAUGGUCCAAUUUUUGUAUGCUCAUGUUGUCAGCAAACAUGGUUCAAAGAAAGUGUUUCUAAAGUGGAAAACAUCAAACUAGAUGAUAAAUAUAAAAACAAGUUUCUUACAAGCACUGUGUCUGUUGAAAAUAUGGAAUGGAUUUGCAAUACUUGCUGUUCAUCAAUAAGAGAAAACAAAAUUCCGAAGUUGUCUGUCUUAAAUGGUAUGAUGUGGCCACUUAAGCCAAUGGAAUUAGAUUUGUUUCCUUUAGAAGAAAGGCUUGUAUCUCUGAGAAUACCUUUUAUGCAAAUAAGGGAGUUGCCAAGGGGUGGACAGUAUUCUGUAAGAGGAAAUAUUGUGAAUGUUCCUGUUGAUAUUCAACCUACUGUAAAUAGCCUGCCAAGAAAAUUAGAUGAAAAUGUCACAGUUCCUGUCAAAUUAAAGAAAAAGUUGUCAUAUCAAAAAUGUGAUUAUCACGAAAAUGUACGACCAACAAAAGUACUGAUAGCGUUGCACUGGCUUAUGAACAAUAGCGACUUUUACAAGAAUGCAAAUAUCAAUGUUGAUGACAACUGGUUUCAAGAAAUUACAACGUCAGCAAGUGAAAUUGUUCAGGAAUUGGUGAAAACACAAGAGAGAAACAACCAAAAUGCUGAUGAUCUUGAGACGGUUGAUGAUGAUGAUGAAUUCUGUGAAGUAGAUGGAGUUGGUAGAGAUGGUAAUUGUGAUACUCUUUUAGAUGAUGCUUCACGAGACAUGAAUCAGGUAUACACAUUUGCUCCAGGUGAAGGACAACGCCCGCUUAGUUUAUAUCAAGAUCAGACAGCUGAGUAUUUAUCAUUUCCAACAAUUUUUUGUGGAAAGGGAAGAUUACAAGAUGAUGAAAGACAAGUUCGUGUCUCGUAUGCAGAUAUUGCUAAAUGGGAAUUAAGGAGUGUUGAUAGACGUGCUGCCCAGUCUGUUCCAAAUUUGUUUUUCAAGUUGAAAAAAAUACAAAUGAAGCAAGUGACAGACAAAUGCAACCUGGCUCUUAGGAAAUGCAAAACCAAAGGAAAAUCCAUGACAGCAAAUGAAAUGAAAAAUCCUGAAAAUGUUAAUAAUCUUGUUAGACACGAUGAAGGCUUCUUCGUGUUCAGGCAGUUACGAAAUUCACCUGCAUAUCUUGAGACUAGAAAAAAAGAUGUAUUUGCUAUGAUCAGACAGUUAGGUCUACCAACAUGGUUUAUGUCUCUGUCAGCUGCAGAUACAAGAUGGAAUGAUCUCAUCAGAGCACUUGGUGUGUUAAAUGAUGGAAAAGAAUACACUGAUGAAGAAAUCGACAGUAUGACUUGGUUUGAAAAAUCAAAAUUAGUACAAAAGGAUCCUAUCACUUGCUCUAGGUACUUUGAUCAUAGGUUCCAUAUGUUUAUGAAUACAGUGUUGAGAAGUGAUCAUCAUCCAAUUGGGAUUGUAAAAGACUUCUUCUACAGAACUGAAUUUCAGCAAAGAGGAUCACCACAUAUUCAUAUGAUUGUUUGGAUAGAAAAUGCACCAAAAUAUCAUGAAAAUAAUGAACAGGAGAUAGUAAGUUAUGUAGAUAAUUACCUGGAAUGUGAAAAGAAUGAAGAGAAGGAUUUGACUGACUUGCAAGUGCACAAACAUUCACAGACAUGCAAAAAGAGAGGUAAAGCUGUAUGUCGAUUUGGUUUUCCCCUCCCUCCUCUUGAAGAAACUUUGAUUUUGGAGCCACUAGAGUGUGAUGUUGAUAAGUACAAGAAAAUGUAUGAUGAUAUUCAGAAACAGCUGAAUGAUAUGAAAAAUGGAUGUGAUUUGCCCUACAAGGAGCUCCUGAGCACGGUUCUAAAGAUAUCGGAGGAAGAUUACAUAAAAUGCAUUAGAAGUUCACUGAGAGGUCCAAAGGUUUUUCUAAAAAGAAAUCCAUGUGAUAUGAGGGUAAACUCAUACAACAGUGUUGUUCUUGAUGCUUGGAAAGCUAACAUAGACAUUCAAUAUAUUUUGGACCCAUAUGCCUGUGCAAUGUAUAUUGUUUCAUAUAUAAGUAAAUCACAAAGAGGGAUGAGCGAUUUGCUUAACAGAGCUGCAAAAGAAGCUAGAGAAGGAAAUCUUGACAUAAAAAGACAGGUACGUCAUAUUGGAAAUCAUUUUCUCAACAGUGUAGAAGUUGGAGCACAGGAAGCAGCAUAUUUAGUAUUGCAAAUGCCAAUGACCAAAGGUUCAAGAGAUGUUGUUUUUAUAAACACAAGUCCAUCAGAUGACCGAGUAAUUCUCAUCAAAACAGAUGCUGAAUUGGAAAAGUUGACACCAAAUUCUACUGAUGUGGAAUGUAGCAAUGUUAUUAAACGGUAUGCAAAACGCCCAAAGCACCUUGAAAACUGGUGCUUAGCUGAUUACGUAUCACAGCUAGAUGUUGUCUUCCCUAAAGAUACUGAAAAAGAGUUCACUGAAAAUGAAGUGAAUGAUGAUGAUCAGGACAAUCAGUCAGAUGACGAAGACAAUUCAGAUCUUGAAUUUAGUGAGAGUGAUACACUUGUUACUCUGAGAAAUGGCAUAAAAAUUAAACGACGGAAAGUACCAAGGGUAAUUAGAUAUGUCCGAUUUAAUAUCAAAACUGAUCCAGAAAAUUACUACAGAGAAAAACUCAUGUUGUUCAUGCCUUGGAGAAAUGAAUCAACUGAUCUAAUAUCAGGAAUGGACACGUUUGAGAAGUCAUUUCAUCUGGAGAAGUCAUUUCUUACACACAAGGUCAAAGAAUAUGAAUUCAACGCUGAACAGCUUGAUGCAGCUUUGCAAAUGGCAACUGAGGAUUUUUCAGAAGCUUAUGAUGAAUUGGCACCAGAUGUUCAGCAAAGAGAGGCAGAAGAUGAAAAUGAGGGAUCUCUUGAAUCUGAAAACUUUGUUCAGUUUAAUCCUGAGAGGCCUAUUGAACAGAGACAGUAUGAUAUAGGAUCUGACCUUGGAAUUCCAUCAACAAGACAAAUAACUGAAGAAAGUUCCGUUAGAUUACCAGACGAUGAAUACUUGAAACUUUUAGGAAGUUUAAAUGUAAAGCAGAGAGAAUUUUUCAAUCAUGUCUUGCAAUGGGUCAAAACAAAGACAGAACCUAUUUAUUCAUUUUUGUCUGGAGGUGCUGGUGUUGGCAAAUCUGUUUUGAUAAGGGCACUUUAUCAAGCUCUGCACAGAUUCCUAUGUUCCACAGAAGGUGAAAAUCCAGAUGACAUAAGAAUACUUCUUUGUGCUUAUACUGGCAAGGCGGCAUACAACAUUGGAGGAAAAACUAUUGCAUCUGCUUUCCAUCAAAAAAUUAAUCAAAGUCAACAAAGUUUGCACUGUGAUGAAUUGAACACUUUUCGUACAAAGUACAAAAACCUAAAAUUGAUCAUUAUUGACGAGAUAUCAAUGGUUGGAAAUAGAUCAUUAGCACUCAUUGACAGUCGGCUACAACUCCUCACAGGCAUCAAGAAACCAUUUGGUGGUAUUAGUAUCAUAGCUGUUGGUGAUUUUUUUCAACUUAAACCUGUAAUGGACCGUUGGAUCUUUCAGGAUUUAAAUCAUGAUGCUCAAGCUCUUGCAAACAAUCUCUGGAAGGAGCAUUUUUGA